UCUCUAAUCUAAUUAAUCAUAUCAAAUUACGGAUAAAAAAAAGAUGGCUGCUCACCCAGAAGUUCCCGGCGAUCCAACCCCGACCUCCACCAACCUCCUUGAGACGGCCACAGCUGCCGUCCAAGGCUUUGGUCCCACUAACAAAAUUCACCAGCACCUCUGCGCAUUCCAUUUUUACGGAGAUGACAUGACUCGGCAAGUAGAAGCACACCACUUCUGCGGGCAUCAGAACGAGGAAAUGCGGCAAUGCCUUAUAUACAACAGUCCAGAAUCGGACGCUCGGCUAAUUGGGGUGGAGUAUAUUAUCUCUGAGAACCUGUUUCUGACGCUUCCUGACGUGGAGAAACCUCUGUGGCACUCCCAUGUGUACGAGGUGAAGAGUGGCGUCCUGUUUAUGCCUGGAGUUCCCAGUCUUGUACAGAGACAGGAUCUUGAGAAAGUGGCCAAGACUUAUGGGAAGACCUUCCACUUCUGGCAAGUUGACAAGGGAGACAAUCUCCCUCUUGGGUUGCCCCAGCUGAUGCUGUCCCUCACCGGGGAGGGCCAGCUUUACGAUGAUCUUGCCAGAGAUGUGGAGAAGCGUUAUGGGAUAAGCUUUGAGAAAGAGAGGGAGAACAGAGCGUACAUGGAAGGGCCGGAGCAUGGGAUACAUCCGCUUGCAAAUGCGGAGGGAAAAGGGCGGAAGACUCACCUGCGAGAGGUGGACUGCAAGCCAAUAGACACUGUUCCCAGGGUGUUCGCGUGAGAUAUACCUUUUUUUUUGUUCAUGUAAAAUUUUCGGUUUGUAUAAUGCAAGUUUGAUGCCUACUACGUGGUACAUAUUAGGAUAUAUGUAGAAGUUUUCCGA